UAGGCGCGUUGGCGGUUGCGGCGGUGGGGGCUGGCGCAAUGAAGAUGUCCCCAGCGCAGCUGCGCGAGCGGCAGCGUGCGGCGGUCAAGCGGAUGCAGGAGGAGAGGGCAAUUUCGCCGGCUGUCAAGCGUGCUGAGCCCCAGAACAUCACGUUCUCUGACCCGAGGGCGUCUGAGUACUACGUCGAUGGGACCUCCAUCCCGGAGGUUGACUUCGACGUCGGCCCCAGCUGGUCAGGACUACUGCCUAUAAGCAGCGACCCAAAUGAGGAGCGCCAGCUCUUCUUCUGGUUCUUCCCGCCAGGUCCGAAUGGGAGCGCUGACGACAUCAUAUUCUGGACAAACGGCGGUCCGGGAUGCUCUUCCCUGGAAGGUAUCCUGCAGGAGAAUGGCCCUUUCUCUUGGUCCUGGGGUCAAGCUAAGCCGACGCCGAACGAGUACAGCUGGACGAACCUGUCCAGCGUGCUUUGGGUUGAGCAGCCUGUCGGCACGGGCUACUCGCAGGGCACGCCGAAUAUCACGAACGAGGUUGACCUAGCUGCUCAAGUCGUCGGGUUCUUGCAGCAGUUCUUGGACGUCUUCUCUGAGCUGCAGGGCAAGAAUUUGUACGUGGCGGGGGAGAGCUAUGCUGGCUACUACGUUCCCUACAUCGCCGACUAUAUCUAUCAGCACCCAGAACAGCUCGAUCUGUCGCUGAAGGGCGUUUGGAUCGGCGAUCCCGUGCUCGGAUGGGACGUCGUGCAGACAGAAAUCCCAGUCAUGGACUUCGUACAUAAGUACGAGGGCGUGUUCUCGUUCAGCAAAUCACUCCUCGCAGAGCUCGACCAGAUCGCGUCGGACUGCAACUACGCUGGCUACUACGACAAGUACAUGGUCUACCCGCCCGCCGGCCCGCUACCGCUACCAGGAAACUCGACGAGCGCGGACCGGGGCUGUGACUUGUGGGAGCGCGUCUUCGACGAGGCGAUCGCAUUGAACCCCGCCUUCGACAUCUACCGCAUCUUCGACACGUAUCCGAUUCUGUGGGAUGUGCUUGGGUUUCCCGGCUCCUUCCCCCAGGAACAGACCUCACCCGUCUACUUCGACCGCGAGGAUGUCAAGGCCGCGAUUCACGCACCGACGAACUUCACCUGGGCAGAGUGCUCCGACGUGAAUGUCUUCCCGCAGGGCGAUAACAGUCUUCCUAGUGCGUUCACGGUGCUCCCGAAUGUGAUUGAGAGCAGCGAGCGGGCGGUGAUUGCUCAUGGGCUGGCGGAUUAUAUUUUGAUUGCGGAGGGCGCACGGCUUGUGCUGCAUAACAUGACCUGGAACGGGGCACAAGGCUUCCAGACGCCGAUUGAGGACGACUCCUUCGUUGUCGAGGGCAUGGGUCCUCUCGGCAAUGCGCAUACGGAGCGCGGCUUGACAUACGUCGAGAUUGCGCUGAGUGGGCACAUGAUACCUCAAUUCUCACCUAUUGCCGCUUUUCAAACUAUGCAAUACUUGAUGGGCUUCCGUGACGAAAUUUCUGCUUGAGCUGCGCACGAAGGCGCACUCUACGAAGGGUUACAUGCACCGUAUCAUUAUCACCACAAUAUAAUAUUGAACAACAAAGAAAAGC